AUGAAAUCAACUUGGCUGAGGUGGUCCCUCCUCCCACUGUUGGCAGUGCCUGCGUUGGGCACGCCUUCAAAUGCCUCCCCAGAUCAGGGAUCAGGGGUUGAUACUACAAAGAGGUGGGGGGAGCUGGUGGACUCUGAUCAACCCACGACGUUCAAUGGGGUUGAGGUUCCCCCGUUGACACAGCUGACACCGGACAACUUCGACGAACUUACCAAGGACGGUUACUGGAUGGUCAAACAUUAUUCCCCAUCCUGUCCCCAUUGCAAAACGGCUGCUCCGAUCUACCAGACUCUCUAUGAGUACUACUAUACCUCCAACCCCCUGUUCUACUCCGCAGCGAAGCCCGACGAGCCGGAAUCCCAGAAGUCCUUCACUGCCCACUACAACUUCCGUUUCGGUUCCAUGAACUGUCUGGCUUACAAUGACUUCUGCACAGCGAAGAAGAUUGACUAUUAUCCCGCCUGGGCAUUUUACGACAUGGGAGUCCAGAAGGAAUCGCCUGUUGGAGCCAAAAAGAUGUCAGAUAUCGGCCAAAUGAUCGAAACCAAGCUCGAGGAAAUCAAACCGGGAUCUCGACCUUCGCAGGGUGUUGAAUUGCCCAAGAUCAACGCUCGGAGCAUGGAAAUGGUGGCCAAGCCUGAAGUGGCCAAGUCUAGCGAGAAGACGGCCGUUGAGAAAGAGAGCAUCAAGACCGCGGAGCUCGAGGGCUCCAGUCCCGAUGCCGUCAAGGCUAAGCUCCAAGGAAGACCCGCCAACCCCUUGGGAGUAUCCAUUCCCCUCACAGCGGAGAGCUUCCAGAAGCUCGUUACCACCACCCAUGAUCCUUGGAUCAUCAAGUUCUAUGUUCCGUGGUGCGGCCAUUGCCAAGCUCUGGCCCCGAGCUGGAACUCGAUGGCGAAGGAGAUGAAGGAUACUCUCAAUGUUGGAGAGGUCAACUGCGAGACUGACAGAAGGCUCUGCGAGGACGCUCGUGUGAACGCCUACCCCACAAUCUACUUCUUCCGUGGAGGCGAGAGAGUGGAGUACACUGGACUACGUGGCUUGGGAGACUUGAUCUCGUACACCAGCAAAGCUGUCGGUGUUGGCUCAAGUAUUCAGGAUGUUGACGCUACCACCUUCAAGGAGUUGGAACAAACCGAAGAGGUGUUGUUCCUGUAUCUCUACGACCACGCGACAACAUCUGAAGAUUUCGAGGCGAUGAACCGACUGACACUCAGCCUUGUGGGACACGCUCGCAUGGUCAAGACUGACAGCGCUGCUUUGUCCGAGCGGUUCAAGAUCUCUACCUGGCCUCGUCUUCUGGUCGUACGUGACGGACGUCCCAACUACUACAAUGCCCUCGCCCCCAAGGACAUGAGAGACUUCCGCCAAAUCCUUUCAUGGAUGCAGACCGUGUGGCUUCCUAUUGUCCCCGAACUGACAGCAUCCAACGCCCAGGAAAUCAUGGACGGAAAGUUCGUGGUGCUUGGACUUCUGAGCCGCCGCCGCAGCGAUGACUUCAAGCAAGGCCGACGUGAACUGAAGGAAGCUGCCCUCGAAUGGAUGGACAAGCAGGUCCAACUCUUCCGUCUUGAGCGCGCUGAACUUCGUGACGCCAAGCAACUGCGGAUUGAGGAAGCCGAUGACCGCAACGACCAGCGCGCCUUGCGAGCUGCGAAGAACAUGCGUAUCACCAUUCGCGAGGAUGACAAGAAGCAGGUUGCCUUCGCUUGGGUUGACGGAGACUUCUGGGAGCGCUGGCUGCGCACCACAUAUGGUAUUUCCGUGGAGACUGGCGACCGUGUGAUUAUCAACGACGAAGAUAACCGCCGCUACUGGGAUACCGCUUCAAGCGGAGCUCCCAUCAUGGCCUCUCGCACUUCCAUUCUCGAGACUAUUCCCCUCGUCAUUGCUUCCCCCUCGAAGCUGUCGCCUAAAUCCACCAUCGGCACCUUCGAGACCAUCUUCUUCUUCACCCGGACCCUCCUCAGCAGCCACCCCAUCCUCUUCUUCAUCGUGUUGGGUGUUGUCAUUACCGUGGCCACUGUCUUUGGACGUGGACGCCUUCGCCGCGGUGCUCCCCGUGGUGGUAUCAUUGGUAACACCAACAAUGGUGGCUUCUUCCACCUGGAUGGCAAGGAAGGCUUCCUGAAUGGAGGCUCGACCGACAAAGUCGAUUAA